AUGCUUGAUACAGGUGGACCAGGUGUUCAGCGUAUUCGCGUGGUUGGUGUUUAUAUAUACCCAAAUUAUGAUGCACAGAACUACAUAAACGACCUCGCCCUUCUUCAACUCGAGAGACAGCUGGAUCUGGGAGGUACUAGCGGUUUGAAAAAGUCUGUACUUGCUACUGAUCCCUCCAUGAUCAGCCUACUCAGGCCGGGAACACGGUGCUAUGUAGCUGGUUGGGGAAAAACCCAGAAUACAGGAUCAGAUGAAAUUCUUCGGGAGGCUAUGGUUCCCAUCAUCGACUAUCAGAUUUGCCGCACAUGGCUAGCAAACCUGACACCAGCUAGCUUUUGCGCUGGCUACGAGGCUGGUGGAAUAGAUGCCUGCCAAGGAGACAGUGGAGGUCCUUUGAUUUGUGAGCUUCCAGGAUAUGGAAUGGUGCAAACUGGCAUUGUGUCCUGGGGAGUGGACUGUGGUAGGCCCCGCUUACCCGGAGUUUACACGAAUUUGGCAUAUUUCGCCAAUUGGUUUAAGUCAGUACUCUAA